AUGGUUUCUUUUUCCCUAAUCUCUAAAUUAACUCUAAAAAAGUUAAACAAAAAAGUUGUUCUUCAUGUUUGGAUUAUUAACAUUAAGGAAAAAGGCCAUUCAUUGUGGUUCAUUAUUGGUCAAGAUAGUAGUGGUUGUAUUCAAAUUGUAGUUAAGAAUAAAGAACUAAUUUCCCGGCUAAAGGAAAUAAAAAAAGGAGAUUUAUUAAAAAUACGGGGUAUUAUCAAAAUAAAAAAAGCAGAAAAGGACGCGAAAAAAAAUGAGCAAAUCGAAAUGGAAUUAGAAAAAUAUCAGUUAAUAAAUAGCAGUAAAAAUUUACCCUUUGCCCUUAAAGAUGAAGUUAAUAUUAAUGAAGAUACUCGCUAUCGUUAUCGUUAUCUAGAUUUGCGUCGUCCUUGUAGAUUUAUUGAGGUUGAAACCCCCAUUUUAGCCCCUAGUUCACCCGAAGGAGCCCAGUGUUUCGUAGUUCCUGCUAACCGAAAAAACCGUUAUUAUACUUUACCUCAAUCUCCCCAAAUUUUUAAACAGUUGUUAAUGAUAGGAGGAUUAGGAAAAUAUUAUCAAAUUGCUAA